AUGCCGCGCUCCUUCUUGGUGGACUCUCUGGUGCUGCGGGAGGCUGGGGAAAAAAAGGCGCCCGAGGGCAGCCCACCCCCGCUUUUUCCCUAUGCAAUGCACCCCCCGCAUGCCCUGCACGGGCUCUCCCCCGGCGCCUGCCAUUCGCGCAAGGCUGGGCUACUAUGCGUCUGCCCGCUCUGUGUCACUGCUUCCCAGCUGCACGGGCCACCGGGGCCACCAGCCCUUCCCCUACUUAAGGCGUCCUUUCCCCCCUUCGGUUCUCAGUAUUGCCAUUCGCCCCUGGCCCGUCAGCACUCCUCCGUCUCCUCCGGGGUCAGCCAUGGGCCGGCCGCCGCUGCCGCUGCCGCUGCUGCUCUCUACCAAACCACCUAUCCCCUGCCUGAUCCCAGGCAGUUCCACUGCAUCUCCGUGGAUAACACCAACAGCCAACUGCCCAGCAGCAAGCGGAUGCGCACAGCCUUCACCAGCACGCAGCUUCUAGAGCUAGAGAGGGAGUUCGCCUCCAAUAUGUACCUGUCCCGUCUGCGCCGCAUUGAGAUCGCCACCUACCUAAACCUGUCCGAGAAGCAGGUGAAAAUCUGGUUCCAGAACCGUCGAGUCAAACACAAGAAAGAGGGCAAGAGUGGGUCCCACCGCGGGGGAAGUGGGAGUGGUGUCGGAGGAGCGUCCCACAGCUGCAAAUGUUCAUCGCUUUCCUCUACCAAGUGCUCAGAAGACGACGAUGAACUCCCCAUGUCCCCAUCCUCGUCGGGAAAGGAUGAACGGGAUCUCACUGUUACUCCAUAAGGCUCAAGGUUCCCUUGAUCACUAUUCCCAACAGGCCUUAGCUCCCUCCCUCCUGCUGAAGGACUGACCCGGGAGGCAGGUGCUGGGGACUCUCGGCGCUAUCCCCAUUCACCCUUACCUAACGGCAACCGCGGCGCUCGGAUUUUAUAUGGUUUUGUAGAGGCCCAAGGACUAAGCAUCAGCGCCGCACUUUUUAGAGAAACUGAUGUCUUUCUCUUGCCCAGUUCCCAGCGCCAUAGCAGAGUGUCUGGAGGCUCGACCCGUACUGUACUGUAAAGUUAAAAGCUAUAAAUACAGUAAAGGCGUCUAACUCCUCGAGAGCUACCAGCUUGUUCGUAGGAAUCCAUUCUUCUCUCCCCACCUUACACCAGCGUCUUGCUGGCCACAGCUCACCUUUUCCCUGGCCCCUCUUUCGAAGACUUGUUUCAAGUCUUGUGUCGCUUCUUUUAAUUGCGUGUUUUCUGCCUUCUUCUGGCUUUCAAUCUCCUGGACAGAAUUCCGUUUCAUAUUUGAGCACUUCUCUUCUUUUCUGCUCUCACCUGCCCCUUUCUCCUGCUUUUAUUUCUGAAAAUUGAUCUCCUUUUCCCUAUUUCCUCGAAUUCCAUCUGUCUCAUUGCCAGUUUGUCCCUUUGGGGACUAAUAAACUCAUCCCAGACCAAGAUUGGGAGCCUAUCGAAGUCCGUCCAGCACCUCACAUUUUCCUUCCCUAAAGCAAGGUUUAAAAUGUGACUUCAGUAUUGAGGAAGCCUUUUUUGCUUUGUUUCCAAAUAGCUCUCUCGGUUUCUAAACCAGAAGGUGAUGGAUUACAUCAAUGGUCCAAAUACUGGCUGUGAAAUGUUUUGGUAUCUAUCUCUGUUUUUCUUCCCCUCUCCUUCCUCUCCCAACCUCACCCCCACUUCUGACUAGAUGUGUAAUUGUACUGUUUCUGUAAUAC